CGCAGUCUGAGUGACGAAAACCAGGCUCUCUGAUUGGGCAGGGCUCGGAAAGGAAGCGGAGAUUGCGCCCAAUGGGGCGCUCGCGGAGGCGUGUCCCUACCUCGAGGGCCCAAUGAGCGUGGAGCACGGCUGUGACGGACAACCACCGCAACCAAUGAUAGCGUGGAGCAGGGUUUUAUCCCUCGUCGGGUGCAGGCCUAUGGGCACCCAUUCGCUUCAAUGUCCUUCCUGUGGCUGCUCAAGCGGGGCUGCGCUGUGAUGAGCGGGGCCGUCAGGGGUCCCUCUUAAGGCGGCCGUUAUUACGGGGGCGCCGGAGCCUUGACUGGGACCUUCCUUUCUACUCUUACGAACCACCUACUAAAGCUGUUUAAAUGAGAAUGUCCUUGGCACAGAGAGUGCUGCUCACAUGGCUCUUCACAUUACUCUUCUUGAUCAUGUUGGUGUUAAAACUGGAUGAAAAAGCACCAUGGAACUGGUUCCUAAUAUUUAUACCGGUUUGGAUAUUUGACACCAUCCUUCUGGUUAUGAUAAUAGUGAAAAUGGCUCGCCGCUGUAAGUCUGGAUUUGAUCCCCGCAAUGGCUCCCUAAACCUCAAGAAGAAAGCCUGGUACCUGGUAGCAAUGUUGCUUAAGCUGGCCUUCUGCCUUGCUCUCUGUGCAAAAUUGGAGCAGUUUGCUGUAAUGAGGCUAGCUUAUGUCUUUAUUCCCCUUUGGGCUUUGCUCAUUGGAGGAAUGAUAGAACUCGGAUACAACAUCUUCUGCGGACGAAGGGACUAACUUCUUUUAUAAACUAGGGUUAGCCUUUUGUUAAUGAAGGUCACAUCCCUGAUUAUCCUCUUUACGUGCUUAACACACCUAAAGGAACUACAGAUGGAGCCAUAUGCCGAUGUUCUUUAUCCUGCCGGAGCUGACAAUUCAAUGUGUGGAGCAUUGCCGUCUGGACUUUGUGUACAUACUGUAAAUAAAACAGCCAGGUUUUUUUCUAUGUA